UGACAUUGCGCCGUUGGCAACACUGGACCACAAUUAUUAUUGCAACAAAUAAAAGGUUCUUUAAUCUUACGUGUGAAAAUUGUUAAAAAGUUGUUGGAAAGCAUUGGACCCACAAUUUCACCAACAUACACUGGUAGAAAAUGUGCUAGCGAUAAUACGAACCGGAAGCCCCAAACACUAUCAAACGGUGAAAAUACAAUCAGUGUGUGCACAAAAGAAAAAAGACACUUUCCCUACAUGAUGAGACUGCCCAGCAUGAUGUGCAUUUUGAUGCUCCUCGUCCUCAUCCAAUGCAGCCAGCUGUUGCGGGCGGAACUGCAAGGCCCACUCUCUGAAAGCGCCAGCGCGACACCAAUAACUGAGCCCGAGGCCGUUGCCGCUACGGAUCCACACAGUCAGGGGGGUAAAACUGAUGGUGACGAGGUAACGACUGCCGAAAAAGAUGCUAAUGCCCCACCCGUCGAUUCUUCAUCGUCAGCACCAGGCAGCAAUGACCGCAAAGCGGCCAAACUUAAGGAAACGGAAUUUGCGCCACGCACCAAAGUAAUGCCAGCUGCAUUGUUCGAGCGGCUGUGGAACGACAGUUUAUUGAAACAGCAGAAGUUGAAGGCCCAAAUCGAAGCCAUUGAGGCGAGGCAAGCACCCGCUGUAGUUGUCGAGCGGACGCCCGAGCAAGUGGAAGCGGAGAGUCUCUACGAGAAUGCCAUGGAGAUGUUAACCAAGCCGCGCACUGACAAGCGUGUCGCAUUCACACUGCUGCGCAAGGCGGCCGCAUUUAAGCAUCCCAAGGCACGAGCCGAACUGGCCAUGGCUGUGCUCUUGGGUCAUUGGAUGUCAUUCGAUUUCCAUCAUGCUGCUGAUGAAUUUGAGAGCCUGGCGAACGAUGGCGUGCCAGAAGCUCACUUGGGUCUUGGCUUUCUGUACUCGGUGGGCGUGGGUGGCAAGAAUGUCAGUCAGCCGCUGGCACUGCUGCAUUAUACGCUUGCGGCAUUGGGCGACAAUACGCUUGCCCAAAUGGCAAUGGGAUAUCGCUAUCUGUACGGCAUCAAUGUGCCCAUCAGUUGUGAGAAGGCCUUGAUCCAAUACAAGCGUGUGGCCAAGAAGGUAGCCACAAAGGUCACGUUUUCUAAUGGCCCGAUGGUGCACAGAGUCAAGUUGCUUGAUGAGCUCGAGAAUCCGGGCAGUCACGAGACGGAAGUUGUCGACUACUAUCAGCUGCUGGCUGACAAGGGCGAUGUGCAGUCCCAGAUUGGCCUGGGCCAGCUGUACUAUCAGGGCGGCAAGGCUAUACAGCAGGAUCAUCAGAAGGCCUUGGAAUACUUUACACUCGCGGCCAAUGCAGGCAAUGCCAUUGGGUUUGCCUUUCUGGGCAAGCUCUAUCUGGAGGGCAGUGAGCAAAUCAAGGCAGACAACGAGACGGCCUUCAAAUACUUCUCUAAAGCCUCCGAAAUGGGUGAUCCUGUGGGUCAGAGUGGACUGGGUCUGAUGUACCUCAAAGGUCUUGGUGUGCCCAAGGAUUCUAUUAAGGCUUUGUCGUAUUUCACUCAGGCUGCUGAUCAGGGUUGGGUCGAUGGACAACUGCAACUGGGCACAAUGUACUUUACUGGCAAUGGUGUGAAGACUGACUACAAACUGGCGUUAAAAUAUUUUAACUUGGCCACACAGUCAGGCCAUGUCUUGGCCUACUACAAUCUGGGCGUUAUGCAUGCCUACGGCAUGGGCAUGCUGCGAUCCUGUCCUGCAGCUGUUGAGUUCUUUAAAAAUGUUGCGGAACGUGGUCGCUGGAGCAAUAGAUUAAUGCACGCCUACAGUGACUAUAAACUAAAUCGCGUCGAUGAGGCCUUUAUGCAGUACUCUCUAAUGGCCGAAGUUGGCUAUGAGGUGGCCCAAAGCAAUGCAGCAUUUCUGCUAGAUCGCGAGGAGGUGCAUGUCUUCAACGAUCGCCACGAAGAUUUGAUUCGUGCGUUUUACUACUGGAAACGGGCUGCCGGACAGGGCUAUUCGGCGGCCCAAGUCAAGCUUGGCGAUUACUACUACUAUGGUUGGGGUACCAAAACAGAUUUCGAAACUGCUGCCGCUCUUUACAGGAAAGCUUCUGAGCAACAGUACAAUGCCCAAGCCAUGUUCAAUUUGGGCUAUAUGCAUGAGCAGGGGCUAGGCAUGAAGAAGGAUUGGCACCUGGCCAAGAGAUUGUACGAUUUGGCAGCCGAAACGAGCGUGGAUGCCAAAGUACCUGUGACAAUAGCGCUAUUUAAGCUGCAGAUGCUCGCUAAGAUUGAGUCAAUAAAGGAGUCACCAUACAGAUUCAUCUUCUACAUGGAUGAAAAUAUUGCUGCCAAUUGGGAUUUAUAUAUGAUCACAAUACUGACACUCCUGCUGGGCAUUAUAAUGUACACAAGGCGUCCCUUUCAACAGCCUGAACCGGUAGCUGCGCAGCCACAAGCGCCGCCGCAGCCUCCAGUCAAUGAUGUAGCAGCUGCUGUGCCGGUUAAUCCAGCUCUAGGCGCUGCACCAUCAUCCGCAGAAGCUGGAGCGUCAGCAACUUUUGUUAGUGCACCAGAAGCAACAAGUACAUCAACUAUACCGGAGACUCCAAAGGCGUCCAGUGGCGGCUCGUCCAGGCCAACAGUCACGACAAGCAGCUCAUCCGUUGGGACGAGCAGUACCAGCACCAGCAGCAGCAAUACACUCGAUCCCACUGAUUAGUCUUAACGAAUUGGUUAAUCAUCCCUAGUUUAAUUAGUGACCAUGUAAAUAUUUAUCAUCUAUUUUUUAUGAUUUCUAAAUGGAAUUUUUAGAUAUUUAAAAUCAGAAAUAUCUUACUCAAAAGAAAUAUAUAUAUGUGUGUUGUACUGAGAAAAAAAAAACAAAAACAA